AGAGAAGAAUCGUUAGUUCUGAUUGAAUUCCGAAUCUGAAUAAAUUCUGUGUACCCGUAUUUUCAAUGUACUCGAUGAUAAAAAAAAAAAUAUUUUCGGAAUAAAAAUUCCGCUGACAAUUUUACACGAAGAUUAUCUCGAAGGGUGAUUCGGAGCAAGGUUGAUAUCGAUCUUGUAUUAAAAAGAAAAAUGAAAAAUGAAAAAAACGAAAGAAAAAAAAUACAUGUCAACGGUCAAUAAGAUACACGAUGCUUAUAAACGCGAUGCAGUGUGAAGAUAACUAAAGUUGUAAAAGUCACAUAUUACUCACGCGUAUAUUAAAAUUGACCUUUGCCAACUUGUUCCGACGACACAAUGUCAUGGUUGUUUGUCGAAUGUCGAAGCCCUUCGUUAAAGUUUGUUCGGUGCGGUUGCGUUCGCGGGUGUUGGAGGAAUAAUUUAUUCAUUUUUUUAAACAGAACAAGAGAGACUUCGUUCGUUGGGUGAAAUAAAACUGUAGCGACGGCGCCAUGAAUGCAAAAUUAUUGAAAGCACUGUGCUUAUUCGUCUCGAUGAUUUCUGACAGAGUGACAAGUUCGCCGAGAAUAUCAUAUUUGCAUAAUCACACGUUGAGGAAAGACGAGGGUAACAAAUGGGAUAUGGUCGGAAAAUUUUUCGCCGAUUUCAACGAAGCUUAUUUAAAAAAAUACGAACCGCGACAGAUCACGAUAACCGGUGUUCCGAAACACGAGAAUAUUCAAAAAGCUCUGAAACCGUUCCUGAAAAGUUACCCCCACAUCAUCUGCACGGAGACCAGAGACUGCGGUUAUUCAAAAAUCUUCAGCGAUGGAAAUUUCGUCAUUAUAUUUCUGGAUGAUCUCACCGAAGAAACGUUCAUGAAAAACUCACGAAUAAUAUCUCGCUGCGAAAAGUGCAAGCUCCUAUUUUUAUGCGAUGGUAAAAUUCAAAAUAACGGUGUCCGUUUGAUGUUCGCACUCGCCACGAAGCAAAACGUACCCUACAGCGAAUUGGCCUACCUAAACGCGGACGGUAUCGGUCUGUACAGUGAAUUUUUGGGGAUAAACUGCACCAUGGAGGCCCGUUUGGUGGAAAUUUGGAGACCGGGUACCGAUUUGGACAGAAUAAAUCAAUGGGCGUACAAAUUUCACGAUCUGAACGGGUGUCCGGUGACGGUGAGCUCGUUGAAUUUCACUCCGAAAAUGAUGAUCGAAGAGUACAAGAACGGAACGGUGAAAAUCGUCGGAGGACGUGAGGGUAAACUGAUGCUGGAGGCGGCGGAGAAAUUCAACUUCAGUUUGACGUUAAAAUAUCCGACGAUGACGGACCGUCUGAGGUAUUCUCAGAGAGCGGCUAUAAUGAAGGACGUUGCUUCGGGUGUCGCGGAAAUUGGAAUCGGCAGAUUGCGUCCGAGCGAUCAUUUUCGCGAUCGCGUAUCGAUGUCGGUAGCUUACGACAACGAUUGUCUCACCUGGGGAGUGCCGCGUUUCGUAAACCGUGCGAACGACGUUAUAUUCGUUGAAUUUUCCGGAAUGGUAUGGGCCAUGAUCACCCUGAUAUUCGGGGUUGCUUGCGUCGCGGGAUAUCUUCACCGUUACUUCACCUCUCUAAAAGCUGGCAAUCGAAAGAACCUCGGAUUGAUACCCAUCGUAUUCGAGGUGUUCGCACUCCACCUGGGCAAUCCGGUGAUAUCGGUAACUUCUUCGCCGGGAGGGAGAUCUUUUUUGAUAGCGAGCUUGUACUACGCGAUGGUGAUAACGACCGCGUACAAAACGUCGUUGGCUUCGAUACUGGCGACGGAAAUCGACACCGCUACCAUCGUCGACGCCGAGGGUAUAAUAAAGUCGAAUCUGAGCGUCAUCGGAUCGCUCUACGACUGGAAUAUCCUCAAGGAUCAAGCUAACGAGAGCGAAAUCACCAGUAAAUUACUCGAACGAUUCACGAUCAACAACAACGACAUGAAGACGUGGAAUAACUUUUUGUCCGACAACAAUUACGCCUUUUUGGCGCGUCGUUCUUGGCUAAGUUAUCAAAGACAGAAGAUCGUGAAAGCUCACGAGUCCGUUACGUUCGACGUGUUCGAUACUUGCGUGUUGACUUAUCACACGGUGAUAAAUUAUCAGAAAAAAUCGAUCCUCAGAAAGCCUAUAGAUCGCCUCAUCCAACGACUGACGGAAUCUGGUAUUCUGAAACACUGGGAUAUCAACGACGAAAUAGACGCCGACGUAGCGUUGGCCCGUAAAAGUUAUCUAGAUUACGUAAACCAUCGCGCCGCUCAUAAAUUUCGAAAUAUAUUCGUACUGUAUUUCAUUUGCAUUACAUUAUCCCUCGUCGCUUUUGUUCUGGAACUUCUUUGCGCUAAAGUGCAAUCAAAAAUACGACCUAACGAUGACAUUUAACGUCCGAAGUCGCGAAAUUGCGAUACAUAUGUGUAACAUAUACGGUCUG